AUGGGUAAGAGCGAUCAUUGUGCAAUUUUUGGUUGUAACAACGAUCGUCGAUACAAAGAAAAGUAUGUUUUGAAAGAUCAUAUUUAUAAGACUUUUAGUUUCAGCGAAUUAAAAUUUUUUACUUGUAAAGAGAAAUAUUUUUCCACAUGGAGUAAAAUUAUUAACAGAGAAAUAGUCGAUCCUUUAACAAAAAAAAGAAAGCUAUAUGCUGUAAAUAAGAAUACAAAAGUAUGUGCAAAUCAUUUUGAGUAUGGGAAGCCAACUGAGCUAUCCCCUCAUCCAAAGUUAUAUUUGAAAGGAUACGAAAUAUCUUCUCCUCAAAAUAAAAGAAAAUUACCAAUUCCUCGAUAUACACCUACUACAGUUUCUAAAAAACAUAAAAAUACACAUUUUUCAAGUACCUGUACCACUACUAGUAGCAGUAACAAUAAUGACAAUAUUCCCCAACAGUCUUCUCUGUCAAUAUCUCCUCCAUGUCUAUCAUCAACAGCAUCUAAUCAGCAACUUUCUCCACAACAAAUCGAUUUAAUUACUAACACACCAGCAACUUAUCUAACACCAACAACACUUUAUAAACAAAGUAGUCAUAAAAGAUUAACAUGGGAGGCAGUGCGUUCUUUACCCAAAGUCAUAAAAUUGUAUACUGGGUGUCCCACUGAAAAUGUUUUUUUAUAUAUUGUUAGUCGUGUUCAAGCUAAACAUAAAAAAGUGUCAUAUUUUAUGGAUUAUAAACGUUCAUUUGAACCAAAGCAAUAUCAGUUUAGUCCUGCUAGUAAACCUUCAAGUACAGGGAAACCUGGUCCAGCACGACAGCUUUUUGUUGAAGAUGAAGUGUUACUUACUUUAAUGCGUAUUCGACUUGACUCACCAUUACAAGAUUUAGCAUUUCGUUUUAAAAUUUCAGUAAGUCAUGUUUCUAGGAUUUUAACUACAUUUAUAACUUUAUUAGCCCGAGAACUUGAACCAUUAAUUUAUUGGCCUGCUCCAGAAGAAACAUUAAGUUUUACACAUCCUCAUUUUAUUGGAGAUUUCGUUUAUGUUGAAGGUAUUGGUGACUGUACUGAACAAACUAUUCAAAAACCUGCUAAUGCUAAAGCUCAAUAUCAAACAUAUAGUUCUUAUAAAAGUAGAAACACAUUAAAAAAACUUAUAUUUUGUACUAAAGGCGGUUCUAUCUCUUUUGUUUCUAAAGGUUACUCUGGAUCUUCCUCAGAUCGUUUUAUCACUGAAGAUUGCAAUGUUGCAAGAAGAUUCACUCCUGGUUUUAUUGCACUUUUUGAUAAAGGUUUCAAUGUUCAAGAUUUAUUUCUAUCAAGGCAGGUAAAAGCUGUAAUUCCACCAUUUUUACGUAGUAAGCGACAGUUUACACCCUCUGAAGUGUAUCAUUGCAAGCGCAUAGCACGUGCAAGAAUACACAUUGAACGUGUCAUUGGAAGGCUGAAAGAAUUUCGACUUCUAAAGAACACUUUGCCUAUCACAUUAGUCCCUCUAAUCGAUGAUAUAUGGAUAAUUGCUGCUGCCAUUGUUAACCUGCAACCACCUCUUGUAAAAGCAACAGCAGUAUAA